GUUAUUCGUGAUAUAAAUUUUAGCGCCAGUUGGCGGUGUCUGCUUGAUACGAUACGAGUUUUUAUUUGUAAAUUUGAAAACAAUAACGGCUCGAUUUUUCUGAUACAUAUGUUCUAACGACUAACGGUCGAUGGAUCACAAUUACACAGAGUGUUAUUUGAAAAAUUGAAAUGGCUGUAGAAGCCUCAAUAGUUGAACAGCUUCAGGAGCUUAGAAGGUGGCAAUUACAACAACAGCAAGAAUUGAUAAAAAAGCAGCAGGAGCAACGUGAACUGCUUACUAAUGAACAGAAUCGACUGUAUGAGGCAUUGAGUUUGUCAGUUGAUGAAAUGAGUUUGAACAGUGAUUCAUUGAAAGAAAUAAUUGAAGAACAAAAAGUAAAUGGAAAUUUGAUAGAUCUUGAGAUACCGGACGAGGAUGAGUUCAAAACACCUAAAUCAAGUCACAGCUUUUCACAAUUUAAUCCCCUUAGUAAUGAAAACAACAAUAGUAAUGGUUUAAUUUUGAAUGUACCAAAGUUACAACUUGUUGGGAAAACUACUAAAAGUGAUGUAAAACAAAAUAUACAGCACAAUAAUUCAUAUAAUCAAAAUGAUUACAGUUCAGAACUUUCUAUUUUAGAUAGUUCACAACCAUAUUUCUUAGAUAAGUUGCAAAGGCAAAGUGCUCCAAUAGAUGAGAUGCCAGUUCCAUCUCCAAAGAAAGAUUUUAUUACAUUAUUAGAAGAAAAAUUGAAAGAUUCUACAGAGGUUGUCACUGAAAGUAAAAAUAAACCUAUUGUGAAAAGACCAUUUCUUAAGAAAGGUGAAGGACUUGUUAGAUAUAUGCCUAAUGCAAAUCCUAAUAAGAUAUCUAGGACUACAAGAGGAAGAAGUGCAUCUUUUUCUUGUGAAACAAGAAAUAACAAUAUAAGGCAGCCCAAAAAAACAAAUUUAGGAAGGUGUAAUUCUUUGCCUAGGUCAAAAAAAACUGAUGUUCCAAGAAAACCUCUUGUCACUAAUGCUUCUGUCGCACAACAAAAAUUAACUCUCAAAAAUAUUCCUCCACCAAAAAAGAAAUCUCGUAAUAAAUCUAUUGGAUUUCUCCCUAGUCCCACAGAGAAAAAAAAGCUAUUAGUUAAUGUCUCUGACUCUAACACAUCUGAUUUAGAAGUAAAGAGUAAGAAAGAAAUGGAAGAAGUUAGAAUAUUUGAAUUAUUAGAGGACAAAGCUGAAAAUUCAAGUUUCUGUUCAACCUCAAGUACAAUAAUAGCUUUCAUGCAACAAUCUACACCAUUGAAGCAUAAAGCUCUUUUGCAUAGUGCCUCUAAAAAUAAAAUUUCCCUUUCUGAUAUAGGAGAUGAAACAUUGGAUGAGCUUGUAAAAGCAACGAAAUUAAACUAUCACGUUCCACAAUCACAAAAAAGCAUCAAACAUAAAACUCCUGAUAUUCCAUGGGAUGAAGUACCCAUUUCAACAUUGAAUAAUAAAAACACUGCUUCUGAUGUUAUUCUUCCUUAUGGAACUGACAUAGAUGAAAAAUAUGAAGAUGAUAUUUCAAAUAAAGGAAUGGAUGAAAAUGAAAACAAUGUAAGCCUCCAUGUCAGAUUUGCAGAAUAUAACGAAUAUAAAACAAUGACAGAUACUUCUAGCAUUGCAAGUGAUUCUCAAGUUAAUGUAAACUAUGUAAGCGAAAAAGGAGCAUGGUCAGAUUUUUCAGUAAAUACUGAUUCAUCAGAUAUUGAAAACCUUAUCUUAUCUGAAUUAAAAAAGAAAUUGCAGAAUAAUAAUAAUAUAUUGGAAACUCCUAGAUGUGUUCAAAGUAGUCAAUAUGAUACUGAUGAAGAUGCUACUGAAGAUUUCAAGAAUGGUGAAGGAGACAAUGACAAUGAGAAUGUUGAAGAUGAAAACGAAUUGAAAGAUGAGACAAUACAAGAAGAAAAUGGAAUUGUCAUAGAUGAAAAUAAUGCGAAUCACUCGAUAUUUAAAUCAGAACUUCUGAAAACACGUCUUCAAGAAUUAGAACGGGAAAUCGAAAUUUUUAGAAAAGAAAGCGCUGCUCUGACUUUUCAAAGACAAAAACUUCAAGAAGAACGAACAAAAUUGCAAGAAGAGCGCUUAAGCUUGCAAAGAAGCUACGAGGAGAAAGAGAAAACUCUCGAGAUAGAGAAGAAAAGAACGGAAAAUCAUCUCCAGGAAGAGAAGAAGAGGUUGAAUCGAGAAAAGACUGCAUUAGAAAGUAGAAUGAAAGAUGCUUGGGAUAAAGCGCAAAAAAGUAAACAGGAGAGACAGGAAAUUGAAAAGCUACGUGAACAAAUUGAAGAACUGAAAGAAGAGUUAAGUCAAAAAGAGAGUAAAUGGUCAGCAUCGAAUGCGCGGCAACGAAGUCAAAUGAGAGUUUUACAAACGGAAAAUUCGAAGUUGAAGCAGGAGCUAGAAAAGCAGCAACAGAAAAAAAAUGUUAAAUCUAAAAAACCGACAACGAAUACGCGAGCCAUUCAUCAAAUUAACAAAUUCUUAGCCGAUCGUAAAAAGAUAUCUCCAUUUAAAAACGAGGACGACUGUAAUGAAGAAAUUGUAAAAGCUACUGAACCUGCCAAUGUUGCGUACGAUGACUUGGAUCUAGAACCAGUGGAAUUGGAUGAAUUCCAGUCAAAAAAUAACAAAAGUGAAAAAGUUAAAACUUUGAAAUCUGCUGAGAGUAUUGCAAGAACGCGAAAUUUGUACGAAAGUUUAUUGAGAGAAGCGACUGGUUGCCUUAGUGAAAAUUAUGUAGAAAGGAAAAAUUUACUCAACCAACAAAAGCAAAAUAAAGUACAAGAUUCAGUUGAUCAUUCGGACAAAGAAGAACAUAAUUAUAAGGAAGUGCAAGUUAACGAAAUAAGAACAUCACCCAAAAGGAAAAAUUCAAAAUCUCCUGAAAAAGAACAGCAAGAGUCGGAAAACUACAACGAUCAUGGAAACCAUGUUGGAAAUCCAAAACCAAUUUGUAAUAAACAAGGUAUCAGAGAAGUCCAUCAUUCUGAUGGUCGUGUUGAAUAUUGGUACCCUAAUGGCAACGUUAAGAAAAUUUUUCCUAACAAGUGUCUUACAAAAAUGAUUUAUUACAAUGGCGAUGUUCGAGAGACUGAUAAAAACGGUAGAGUUAAAUAUUUUUAUGCUUCUACAAGGACAUGGCACACGACUAUGCCAGAUGGUUUAGAAAUUUUAGAAUUUCCUGAUGGACAAGUGGAACGGAGAAGUAAAGAUGGUACGAUUGAAGUAACGUUUCCCGACGAAUCUGUUAGAAUAGUUCAAGCGGAUGGAUCAGAAAAGUGGAUAUUGCGAGAUGGAACUAUUGCAGAAACUUCAAGUGACGGAGAAAAAAUACUUACUUUACCUAAUGGACAAAGAGAAAUCCACACCAAGGACCAUAAAAGGCGAGAGUAUCCCGAUGGUACCGUAAAACUUGUUUACGUUGAUGGAAUUCAAGAAACGCGAUACGCUAAUGGUCGAGUUCGUUUGAAAGAUAAAGAUGGUAAUCUUAUAAUGGACACUCAUCAGUGACGUAUU